UAAAACGGUACAGCGAAUAUACAGUAAAAGCACGUAAAAUAUUUUAAUUUUUUUUUAAUUUUUGGAGUUUGUAGAUAAUUGUAUUAAUUGCCAAAAUAUGUUUACAUCGAGAUAUCUAAUAAUAUCGUUGGCAGUUGGUUUUUGUGUUGCAAUCAUUUCUCUCAAGCCCGCAAAAGCAGUACCGAUUUCCGAACACGAGAAAGCAUCUCGAAGACUUUACAAGGCGCACGGAUUUUGUGUUCAAAACAGCUCUACGCCCACGUCAAUGAACAAGGAGUACCGUAAUACCGAACAAAAAACCGGCGCCUACUUGCGUUGCGUAGCUAGCAAUAUGGGCUUAUGGACAGAUGCCAGUGGCUACCACGCCAAGCGCGUGGCGAAGUUUUUCAUUAAAGAGCACAAUGAGAACGAAGUGAUGACCGUAGUGGRCUACUGUAAUCAAAAGCAUCAGCAAGCGGAUUUGGAUUUGUGGGCUUACGAGGCGUAUCGYUGCGCGACAGCAGGACRAAUGGGUGUUUGGCUGAAGGAGUACGUAGUGAGUGCGAAAUUAUGAGAGAAACCAAAWUUAUGUUCAUAUAUGAUUUACAUAUAUAUU